AGUGGAAUGAAGAAAUUAAAGUUGUGAUAAUUCAAUAAAUAGACCAUUUUAUAAGGAAGUAAAUUUGAAAAUGAUGAAAUCCUUAUAGACUCUACCUUCUUUAUAUAAUAAAAUAAUAUAAUCAUUAAGUGAUAGGAAGUUUAGGAGUUGCUGUUUAGAUUUAAGGAUUAGAAUUUAAUAAUGAAAGAAAACCUUAAGAGAAUAGAAAGUUGAAAAUUAUCUGAUUUUAAUCUUAAAAAGAAUCGUUUCUAAUGGUUAAUUAAUCAAGCGAAAUUGUUAAUAGGAUUGAUUUGAGGGAGAAUAAUUUUAACAUUAAGAAAUAAUCUUGAGAAGGUGUAAUAGAUU